AACGCAGUGGCAGAGUUCGUUCACAUUAAUUUUUUAAAUCUUAUUAACUAACUUUUGUAUCGUACUGUAUUAUAUUGUAAUAUAAAUUUGUUGAAUUUUCCCCAUUACAUUUUGAAUAAACCGCCGUCGCGAUGACACCUCGACAAACGAAAAGUCCCUAACCGGCUGCCAAUUUUUGUUGACAGUCGACUGUCUAACCUUAUUUAAAAUGCGAAUAUUUUAAAAGAUAAAAAUAAAAAACACACACAAUUCGUAACGAAAUACAGUACAAGACCAUGAUUUUUUCAGAUCCGUUGCUUUUCGCGUUCUCUCUUUUGAAUACCGGAGCGGUAUUAUUCCUUCUCGUAUAUUUUGUAAUUACUUUGUCCGACUUAGAAUGUGAUUAUCUAAAUGCACAAGAAUGUUGUUCGAAACUGAAUCAGUGGACUCUGCCGAAAUUAAUAGCACAUGGGUUUCUAUCGUUUAUGUUUUUAAUCCACGGGCACUGGAUUUUAACACUUAUCAAUCUGCCAAUGGCGAUGUGGAUGGUGUAUGAAAUAACAGCGGUGCCAAGUGGGAAUUUGGGCAUUUAUGACCCGACUGAAAUCCAUAACAGAGGUCAAUUAAAAAGGCACAUGAGAGACUGUAUGAUUCAUUUAGGUUAUUAUUUGGUGUUCUUCUUUAUGUAUUUAUAUUGCAUGAUCGUGGCGUUGCUCAAAGGCGAUCCAAUCAACAGAGAUGACCAGUUCGAAAUAGACUCAUAAUGUGAUCUGUAAUACUCAUAUUUAUUGAAAUAAAACAAUACAUUUAUAA